AUGGGGAAACAGAAAUCCCCAAGCAGUAAUUGUACACCCAGCCCAGGCAAAGGGAAACACAAACCCCCGGAUAUCAUCACCUCACCUGUCUCCCUUCAAGAUCAAGACUUGUUCGUUGGGUCUCCUGUACAUACGCCGAAGCGUUGCUGGAAAGAUGAACUGAUCUGGGACCUCGACGGCGUCCGCAAUCUCCGAGACCUACUCAUACUAUGGAUUGAUUCCGGCGUCACAGCAAGCAACAUCGGAUGCUUCCUCGAAAACGUACUCUACGACCGAGACGAGCACCUCGACGGCCGCCUAACCCGGAUGGUGAACAAUCACGAAACCCAUACCCAGAUCGCGCUGGAUCUCCUGAAGCACUACCAAGCCCGUGACGAGGCCGGUAAGCCUCUAUGGGAGCUGAAAGCCUCCCAGCUUGGCAACGAGUAUUCUCGCUCUGGACAACCAAGCGCAUCCAGCACUCCGAGCACACCAAGUGAACCCAACGAACCGAGCAGUAAAGCCGGAACCAAACGCCUCAAAAUUACAGUGCCUCUUUUCUUUCGAAUGCUCUCUAAGUCUCCUUUAGAGCCCGAGCCGACUCAGACGUCGAAGCGCAAUUCCUGUUAUCAAGUCCCCGCCCCCAAGUCCCUCCGCACGUUCAAAAAGCCCUACUUCAUGAACAAUGUCGAGCCGAUACGAGAGAUAGAGGAAGUGAGCGAUGGAUUUAGCGGGAAGGCUUGCUGGUCUUUUAAUAUUAGCGACGACCUUACAAUGCUUACUAUCGCGGAGAGGAGAGCGUUGAUGGCUAACACGGGGGCUUUACCUCCGUCGUUUGCAGCGGAGAUUCACGAUUCUACUCCGGUCGUGGAUAUUUCUUCUUUGUAUACGGCUAAUCAUUUGCAGAUACAGGGGCUAGAAAAGGAACAUGAGAGGACACUGAGUGGUGGUAGUAGGCAAUCUUUUUCCUCUUCUGAUUAUGGGGACUAA